AUGAGCAAGGUUAACAACCUCUUCGAUCUUCUUCAAGACGACGAUGACGAACAACAACCAAAGUUGGAAGUCAGCAAGCCAGCAGCUGUUGUUGCCCCAAAGGAGGUAAAGAAGCCAGCUGAAAAGGCACCAAAGGCCGAUAAGCCAGUCGCCAACAAGACUUCACCAAAGUUGAGCGGUGAAAAGAAGCCAUUCAACAAGGACGACAAGCCACGUAGACCAAGACCAGAAGGUCAACAAGGACAAGUCUCCAGCGAAGACUUUGCCAAGCGUGACUCCAAGAGAGACUCUAAGCACGAGCCAAGAAAGCCACGUACCGACUCUAACGGUCAAAUCCGUGGUCGUCAAUUCGACAGACAAUCCGGAACCGGUCGUCCAAUCAACGGACAAGACAAGAAGGGUGGAUCUGGACGUGGAAACUGGGGCAAGGCCACCGAGCAAGCUCUCCCAGCCGACGUUGAAGCCACCGCCACCGCCGACUCCACCGUCGCCUCUACCGACGCUGCUGCCACCACCACCGACGCCACUGAAGUCGUCGACACCACCCCAAAGGAAAUCAAGUUGACCUUGUCCGAGUACCAAAAGCAACAAGAAAAGGAGAACGUCCAACAAGACGGCCAAAAGCUCCGUCAAGCUGGUGAAGGUGAAACCACCGGCCAAUGGGACGACUUUGUCCAAGUCAACACCAAGGUUGUCAAGACUGCCACCAAGACCGUCGCCAAGGAAGAGAAGAAGCCAAAGAAGCAAUUCAUCAACCUCGAGCCAUCCAAGACCUCUGCCUCCUCCUCCAACAACAAGAACGCCAACAACAAGACUGGCGGUGCCAAGAAGGAAGCCCGUGGUGUCCCAACCAAGGACGAUUUCCCAGCCCUCACCAAGGCCUAA